CCUGCGCCCGAAGCCACGGCUCUCCACGUGGAUUCUGUGGCAUCAUGGCGGGAACGGAGGCCCCCCAGCCGCAGAAGCGCUAUUACCGGCAGCGCGCCCACUCCAACCCCAUGGCGGACCACACGCUGCGCUACCCUGUGAAACCAGAAGAGAUGGACUGGUCUGAGCUUUACCCAGAGUUCUUUGCUCCGCUUACUCAAAAUAAGAGCCAUGAUGAUGCAAAGGAUGAGAAAGAGAAGCAAGCUGGGGCCCAAGUGGAGUUUGCAGACAUAGGGUGUGGCUAUGGUGGUUUGUUAGUGGCACUGUCGCCACUCUUCCCAGAUACCCUGAUUCUGGGCCUGGAGAUCCGGGUAAAGGUGUCGGACUACGUACAAGACAGGAUCCGGGCCCUCCGUGCCGCCCCUGGAGGUGGAUUCCAGAACAUUGCCUGCCUCCGCAGUAACGCCAUGAAACACCUGCCUAACUUCUUCCGCAAGGGCCAGCUGACGAAGAUGUUCUUCCUCUUUCCCGACCCACAUUUUAAGCGAACGAAGCAUAAGUGGCGAAUCAUCAGUGCCACGCUCCUGGCGGAAUAUGCCUACGUGCUGAGCGUGGGGGGCCUGGUAUACACCAUCACCGAUGUGCUGGAACUACACCAGUGGAUGUGCACCCAUUUUGAAGAGCACCCACUGUUUGAGCGUGUGCCUCUGGAAGAGCUAAGUGAAGAUCCCAUUGUGGAACAUCUAGGCACUUCAACUGAGGAAGGAAAGAAAGUUCUACGCAAUGGAGGAAAGAAUUUCCCGGCCAUCUUCCGAAGGAUACUGGAUCCCGUCCUCCAGACAGUGACCCCCAAUCCCACCCUGCCUGACCACUGACUUCUAAUCCUGCCUGAGCUGGACUCAUCUAGUAACUAGAAAAAAGAUCAACUCCCAUUCCAUGCCUGCUCCGACUGCUGGGAUAGGGGCAUGAUCUCUCCGAGAAGCUGGGUGUGGCCUGUGUUCUUGCCCCUCCACUGUCAGAAGAAAGCAGAAGAAGCUGACCGAGAAGGUCAAAGGACCUUGGACCAGAGGGUGUAUUUGGAGGGGUGUGGGGUUUUGUUCUCCUCAGCUGGAGUGAAGAGGGCAGCGCCCUGCUGUCUAAGCUGUGUGUUUGGCUCAGGUUGCCCACCCCCCGUUGUGUUUACUCUGCAGUCCUGGGGAUAGUGUGUGUGCCCGCGUGCCCAUGCUGCUGUUUCCCAGGAAUGCUGGGGUGUGUAUCACGUGCCUCCUCCCGUCUCCUGGCUUACAGUCUGACCUGGCUGUCUGUGCUGCUGUUAUUGUUGCCGUCUCUCGUACUGGAGGGUGAGAGGGAUACCACAGUGACCUUUGAUUCCAGACCUUCCCAGCCAACUGACUGGCAUACUACCUGAUGGGAUGAGGGAGGGAAGGCGGAGGAAGAAAGACCGAGGAGCAGGGAGCUAAACCGGAAUAUUAGUUUUUAAAAUGUA